GUUCUUCCAUACUUGGAAGAUUUUGAUAUGGUUUAUCUUUGGUUUCCGUACAUGCAGGAGAGGAAUGCAAAAGAUUAUGCAUCGAUGUUGAACGCAAGCCGCUGCUUUAUUGUUGACAACCAUGAGCGCCCAAUAGAGUUGUUACGUUCGGAUCGAAGGCGUGAAAUAACGAAAGCAAUACGGGAGGAUUCGAUUCGUAUGCGUAGCAAAGGGUUUCGCUCACUGAUUGAUGUGCGAAGCGAACUGAAAUCUGAACUUGUCAAAGAUCAAGCGAAAAUGCUCGGCAUCGCACAAUGGAAACGAUUUGAUGUAUUGAAUCGAUAUUUGCGUGGUUUUCGACCAGGCGAAAUGACUGUAAUCACGGGGGGAACGGGUUUCGGCAAAACAACAUUUGUUUGUGAAUAUGCACUCGAUCUUCUCAUCCAGGGUGUCCGUACGCUGUUCUGCAGUUUCGAAAUGCCAGAUGAAAAAAUCUUAAAAUGGAUGCUUGUUCAAUUUGCCGCGUAA